AUGGCGAAACUCCGAAGGAUUAGUGCGCCGUUGGUUCCGCUGCUGCUUGCCCUCCUGUUAGCUACGCUAACCGUGGCGGACGAUUGUGGCCCACACUUCAAGGGACGGUGUAGCUGCGGCAUGCAGAUGUACAACUUCCGCCCACAGUACGUGGUCAACUGCACCAACACCGGCUUCCGGGAUACGAUCAUGCUGGAGCACCUGCCGCUGCAGACGGAGGUGGUCAUCUUCAACGGCAACGACGUGGCCGAGCUGCCGUGGAACGUGUUCGGAGCGCUGAACGAUCUCGUCAACCUGACGAUCGUCGACAUGAGCAACAAUCGCAUUCGCGAGAUCCGCGGCAAGUCGUACCAUCACGUGUCGAACGUGCGCCGGCUCAUCCUGAACCACAACAACCUGAGCAUCUCGCGGUACGACGACGAGGAGUACAACCACCAUCAUCCGCGCGUCUUCUCCAACUUCGUUAACCUGCAGGAGCUGCACCUGACGAACGCGUUCGCGGACAACACGUCGGCGGAGCUGUCGGCCGACCUGCACGACAUCUUCGUCAGCAGCAACCUCACCAAGCUGGUCAAGCUGCACCUGGAGCAGAACGAGAUCGUGCAGUUCAACGACAAGCGCGUGUUCUGCGAUCUGCCCGCCCUGCUCGAUCUGCACCUCGGCGACAACAUGCUGACGGAGCUGAACUUCAACCUCAGCUGCAUGCCCCGGCUGCGCUUUCUCGAUCUCGAGCGCAACCGGUUCGAGCUGGUGCGGCCGCGCGAUCUUGCCCUGCUCGACGACGUGCAGGCCGAGCCGAAUCGCACCGUGCCGCUCACGGUCGACUUCACCUACAAUCCGCUCGUGUGCGAUUGCGCCCUGCUACCGCUGAUCGACUGGCUCGAUCGGACGAAGGUGACCGUGCGCAAUCUGGAUGCGCUCGUGUGUCUGCGCAAUCGGCAGGAGCGCGAACCGAUCCGCACGCUCAACGUCGGACGCUGCCGGAAGCUGCGGACCGGCGGUGGUGCUGGAACCGGCCCGGAUGGACACACCGGGACGCUGCUGUUCGUGCUCGUGUGCCUCAGCUGCGUGCUGCUGGCACUGGUCGCCGGGCUGCUGUACGUCAGCAAGGACAAACUGCGCGGCCUACUGACACCGGUCGUCGACCACGUCUCGAAGAAGGUCCACUACACCACGAUCAAGGACGAGGAAGCGCCGGAGCAGUACGUGUGA